UUUCCUUCUGCCUGCUCUGUGGUGUCAUUGCUGGGAACUCUGUUGAGUAGGACUGUACCAUGUAAAAGAAGAAGACGUUUGUUUGCCAAAGGUAAAUGAGUGGGCUGGGAAUGCAAAUUCCACUCUGCUUAGGAGAGUGCAUGUAAUAAGGAAAUGUGCAAUAAAUUUUACCCAUUGAAAGAAACAAGUUCGUACAGUGCCUGCUAUGAAAAUGAAGAACGGAGUAGAACAGUGCUUCCCACUCACUGGCUUGGGACAAAGUUACCUGAUAACAAAAUUCACUCUCCAGCCCUGAAAAUGAAGAUUGGUUCAGAAUCUCAGCACAGCUUCUCCUACAGAAACUGACAAGUGCUAAUGAUGGCUGACAGCCUGAAGGCUGCAGUGCUUGCCUUAUGGACCCUUUUCUUUUCAUGUGCAACAUAUCACAUUAUGGCAACAGGGAGCAUACAGAUGUUUGACUGUUUCACUGACUAUGCCAGGGAGCUGACUUGUCACUGGGGAGUGGCUGCACAAACAAAAUGCUCCAAGGAAUUCCAACUCUAUUACAGGAAGGAAUAUUUCUCGACAGUAUAUAACGCAUGCAUCCCUGAGAAUGGAAAAGGCAGCAGCAGGAAUUCCAUUUCCAACUGCAUUUGCAUAAUUCUGCCCGAAUAUUUCUCGACAGGCCUCGCAUAUCAUUUAGCACUACAGGCCAAUGGGACAGUGCUAUGGAAUGGCACUGUAAUACUGGCACACAUUGUUAAACCAAGGCCCCCAAAAAAUCUUACCAUUGAGAAGAGUGAAAAUGAUAACUUGUACGUCUUGAGGUGGAUCGAGAGCUACAGCACAGAGGACAUGCUCUAUGGAGAGACAGUAAACUAUGAAGUCAAAUACUGGAACAAGCAGAAUCCAGAAGAGAAGUUUGUAAAACAGCUUUCCUACCAAACGACACACUUUGAAAUUCUUGCAACGCAGUUGAAGCGAGGGUAUGACUACCUUAUAAGCGUACGGCGUAAUUAUACAGGCAGCUAUUCCACCAACUGGAGUGACUGGAGCAAAGCAGUUGAAUUUCACAGUGAUUAUGGAGUAACUUUAGAAGAUAGUCUGCAGAAGAUUGUUCUCAUAUCCUGCAUGUUGAUCCCAGCUCUGAUUUUAAUCUGUUACUUCUGCUUUGCCAUAGUUAAGAGAGAAUGGUGGGACCAAAUCCCAAAUCCAGCCAAGAGCCAUCUGGUUGUAAAGAAUGUCAAGGCAGCUCAGAUUUCAGUCUGGAGAAAAAUGCUGUCCACUGAUGAAAUUAAGGCACCUUUCCGUGAUGUGAAACAGACUCACAUGGGACACCAACUAAGCUGUAAGAACUGUCUUGCAAAAUAUGCUCAAGGCCAAACCUUGAAGGGGAAAGAUAACGUCAAAAGUGGUGAGAAACCCGACAGUUGCCUGAAUAAAUGUGGAGAGUGGUUCCCAGAAGAGUAUGAGGCUGUGCUAAUUCCAGAGAUCACUUUGGUUGAAGAUUCUCUUGAAGUCUGUGAGUAUUCAACAAACACUGAAACUGAGAGCCAUGAGGACAACCUGGGUCAGAUCGUCUUGUGCCCACCUUGUGAGAGCAGUGCUAAUAGCUUUAUCGAACACACUCAACACAAUGAUGCACUUGCAGAGAUGUUUAUUAAGCUACUAGAAUGUGGAACCAGUAUUCAUGACACUGAAGUUCCAGACUUCAUCAUAGAAGAGCAUAAAAUCUUUGAGAACUGUGAAUCAGAAAAUUCAUCACAGCAAACACCAAAAGAAAAUGUAGUCCAGGAUCAACAGUCAUGUGAUACUUCACACGCUUGCUCCUUUUCCACUACAGCCUCUCAGGAUGACUACAACUGUACAGCUAGCACAAAGUCAGUGCGAUCAGAAGAAUCUUUUGAAUCUGGUUAUCAAAGUUCUAACACAGACCCUGCUUCUCCCAAGGCAAAGAAUCCUCCAGACAUGUUGCAUCAAAGCCACUUUCUUUGCAGUUCUGAAACUCAGAAUGACUUGUUGGUCUUGAUUAAAAAAUCACCAAAUGCUCCUUCCUCUGAGAUAAUCAAAGACGGAAUAAAUAGUCCAGCAUAUCAGAGCUUCGACAGCCUCAUGUCUCAGUCCACGGAGUCUUGUAGCACAGCAUAUAAGAGCUUCGACAGCCUCAUGUCUCAGUCCACGGAGUCUUGUAGCACAGCAUAUAAGAGCUUUGACAGCCUCGUGUCUCAGUCUACAGCAUUUUGUAGCCCAGCAUAUCAGAGCUUCAGCAGCCUCCUGUCUCAGACCACGGUUAGCAAUAGCCUGACACAGUGUUUGGAAAACCCAAGCUCUUCACUGUCCUUAGUAGAGUUUCCAGAGAAUCAAAUACUUCCCUGCAGAGAAGAACAAGCCCAUCGACUCCAUGGAGAUCAAAGUUGUUACACCGACCACAAGGGUGACUGCACCGAGACUGCUUUUCAAACCACCUGUUCAGAGGACAUAGACUUUACAUGGUUUUCCUCCCAUGCUCAUGACAAAGUUUCAUUUUUCCUGCCAGAGAAAGAAAUACACAAGCAAAUAACAUGUCAAAAUGUUCCAGAAAAAGCAGCUGCAAUUUCCAGCCCCUCUGUUUCUAUUCCAUCUAGUUACCAGCCUUUUGAUAUUGCUCUUAAACACAAUAAUACACACUGUGACAAUAACAGUGAGGCUAUUUCUGAGUCGCCUUAUAAACCCUUUAUCAACCUUUUAAACAACAACCUCAAAGAAACACUUCCAGCUAUCAUUGUCUGUGAAUCUGACCUGGAGAUAGACUUGUCAAACUUUCUAUAGCAUUGACUCAGAUGUUACCACAGGCUUUGCCUUUGGUCUGAGUUCAGGAGAGGACUCACACAAAACAGCAGUGACAGCCCUUGGAUUAUCAGCUUUAAUGAACCUUGUAGUGAUGGUAAAGAUGAAGAUACCGUGGGCGAGAAAAAGUUGCUGUGGUCUUUAGAUUCUAGCUCUCAGGGGAAGACUGGGAGGACCAUACAGGAGACAAAAAAUUGUACUUCUGACUACUUCUGACUGUACAGAUGAAAGGAUACAAGAGAGUAGCAAUAACAUGCCAUGUUCUCUUCUGAUAUGUUAUGCACGUGACCAUUUGAGGACGUCUGUAAAUGCGGAAGAAAGGGAAGCACAGUUACAGAAUAUUGUGAGCAUGGGAAGUGGCCGUGCAGUUAAUUUAUCAGAUGAGUCACUGAACCACAACACUAUUGUAUCUAAACCAUCCUUAGAAAGAAAUCAAACUUCAGAGCCCCCAAACUCAGCCGAGUUGCCACUGGGUGGCCCCUUUGUGGAUAGCUCCUGUUUAGGAACCUGGCCUUUUGAUUAUUGCUCCGUUCCAGGUGAGGGAUCAAAAAUGUCACUUUUUCAUAAAAACAGGCCAAAUGGACCUAAUGAGUGAGAGCACCAGGAUGAACCAGAAAACAGUGAAACGUACCUUCAUGGACAGGGGCUUGUGUAACUGCUAUAUGAACAUGACCUAGAUUAAUUUCACGGGGUUGCAAUCAAGAUAGCCUUUGGGAAUAAACUGUGUGGAAAAUGGAAAUGUUGCUUGUUUUCCCACACUCCCUCCAGAAGAGCAGGCUGUCACUAUGCAGACACUGAGUGGGCUCUGGAACAGAUCAGAAUAGAUUUGCUGAGAUGUCAUGGUCACACUUGCUCCAGCUGGCGAUUAGUAAAUGGCUUGGACUCUUGGGGCUGUUGGUGCUCAAGGAUCCCAGCAGUGGCUCUCCCAAUGAAAAGAUGGUGACAAGCUACAGACUCAGCUAGAGUCUGUGAUGGGGCCUGAUUCCACCCCCACAACUAGUAGCAGCUGCAUAGGGCAUGAACUCGUGUUCAUUUUGGCUUCCCCAGUAUUGGUCUGGCCCCAAUACCCUUGCAUGGGAAACAUGUUCACCCUGCAGCUCGGAUUCAGAGGUGCUAUAUAAGCUGGUUCACAUCCCAAGGACCUGGAAGAAGGUGCAAGUUAAAGCAGGAGGUCGCUGAUUUCAAGGACACCUUUGCACAGCCUCUCAUUAGCUACUUUCAGGAGACUGCAGGGACUGUAACUGUGGCUGGCCCUGGCGUGGGUGAUGUGAGAAGGAAAGGUGUAGCUUCCUCAUGGCCAGAGGUUGCUUUGCAUCACCCUGCCUAAUUUCCCUUUAUGGACUCCUCAAAAACUCCAGAUCAGAGCCCAAAAGUAAUUAAAACACUCCCCUGUUUGGGUCCAAUCUAUUGAGUCCUUCCAGGCCCUAAACCCAGUUCAGCAUCUCUCUCCCCUUUGGGUAGGGAGUCCCACUCCCAAACCCUCCUUCCUGGAGCUGGGUCACUGUACAAUGUCUCUCUGCAGGCCUUCAAGCUCCCCUGGUGUGUCACUGUCUUCCCUGCUUUAGUAAGCUACUCCCAGCCCUUCUUACCUGGGGCAACUCCUCUGGUCUCAGGGUCUUCCCUGCAGGAACCUUUCUCACUCUCUGCAUUCUGUUUCCUGCAGACACACCCCCUUCUUGGCAGCUUCCUGCUGCUCUCAUGAUCCCUGCUCAGGUGUGCCUACUUAGUUACUAAGGUUGGUUGGUCCCAAACCUCUACCCCUUAAAUGGGCAAGCCACCCUUUUACAGAGACUCCUGAGUCUGCCCCCCUCACGGCUGCAUGCAAAGGCCAGCACUGUCUAGCCCUCCGUAACUCUAUUCAUGAGGGUCAGUUUCUGAUCUGUUAUCUUAGUGUGACUGCAAUAACUCUGUGGAAGUCAGUGGUGUUACUCCACACUAGUAUCAAUGUAACUUAGAUCAGACAUUUUUAAACUGUGUAUGCCCCAAACGCCUGACUACUGUAGGAUCAAACUCCCUAAACUGCAUGUGCAUUCCAGCAGGUUUCUGUAUGUGUCCAGGGUAUAGAUUGGAAAUGACUCCCACAGCUGAAUUCAGCUGGGAUCACAUGUGCCCCAGCCCCUUGUGAUAAUACGUCCAAAGGUUUUCCCUCGGACUCUGAACUACUUGAGCGCAGAAGUAUAUUCUGUGGCAUUGUAAAUGCCACAGAAAGGUGGUGAGUCUAGAUAGUUAAAUGGCCACUGCAAAUUGUUUACAUUUCAAGCCAGCUUAUAUUAUUCAGAAACACCUGUUCCCAUUUCUAGCCAUAAACAGAGAGGCCUAGGCCAGUUCAGAGAAUGUAUCUGUGGCCACUGUUCAGCUACUGCGUUGUCAUCUUCUAUAAAGGAAGCUUUUCACUGCAGCAGCUCUACCUACAAAACUCAGAUGGGCAGGCAGAUAAGGGGUUUUGUGCCCCAAGUAGACUUUUGCGGCCAUACAAAGGAAGUGCAUAACCUCAGGAGGGCACUGCUGCAAGGUGCACAUGUUCAAGGUGGGUGUUUGCAUUUGUUUGGACCCUGGUACUUACACCACUAUAAUGAGGAUGUUGAUAAAUUAAAACAUAUUGUUGUUCAUUAUUAACAUGAUGAUUAACACAUUAAAGACUUUUACCAGAA